GGAGAGCGGAGCCAGUGCGGGGCGCCCGCCGGCGGGAGCGGCUCCGCACCAUGGACCGGGAUGCGAGGCUUAAGGAGGGGCUGCGGCGGAGCAAGGCUCGCUUCGUGGACACCAUGAACAGCAUCCUGGAGCGGUAUAAUCAUCCUUUUGAAGAUGACUUUCUUGUUUCUAUGGAUACUCUCACUUAUGAUACACCUGAUGGACCAAAACGAUGGGGGCAAGUGUCAAGGAAAGAUGUUAAAAAAUACACUGAAAUGUUUAAGCAUAAUAGACAAAGUCAAAGGAAUACAGAAAUGUCAAAGCAACAGAGCAGUGAUUCUGAAGAUGAACACUCAACACUACAUCAGGAAUCUUCUGAGAACUCUGGUGGGGACACAUCUGAUACAGAUGAAGCAAGUGAUAUGGUAAAAACAAGAAGAAAAUUUGAAAACAUUCAGCUUCAGAAUCUGAAUGUAGAGGAUGGAAAAAUCCAAAAGAAUGAAAAGGUACGAGUGGAUAUCAUAGUGCAGGAUGAUGCUAGAGGAAUUCCCAAAUGGAUAACGAUAACACCUCCAGCUUUGUCGAAAGGUUAUCGUUUAACUUCACCAGUGCAAGAAAGGAUUGGUAAUCGAGCUGUUUGCAAAAAGAAGCUAGAGUUGCCAAAUGAAUGUUCUUCAUCCCAAUAUCUGCAGUUACAACAUUCUGGUGUUCCCAUGUCACCAAAUACAGUAACCAUAACCAGGCAUCRACCUUGUUCAGAAUGGAAUAAAAGUCUGUGUGAUGUUAUCCACCGAGAAUACCAGUCUGCAGAUGAGGAGUGCUCCUGGGGCAAUACAACUCUUGCAGACUUGUAUCCAGAAAUGGUAGAGCUGCUUGGAAGGCUCAUGACAAAGCGCUCUCAGAAAAAACUGUUAAAAAACAUGUUUGGGUCCUCAAGGUCCAAAAAAUGGCAUUUCAAAAGACCAAAGCUCAGUGUCACUGUAGACAAAAUGAGAAAAACUAAAGCAUCACACAGCUCAUGCAGCUGUAUAAGUGAAGACAAGCAGAAUCCAACUUUUGGAAAUGAGAGUGGAAAAUUUUGUGACAUGACAGCUGGUAGUUCAUCUGAUUUGGUACCUUAUGCUUAUACUGAUACAAAUGAAAUCAAAACAGACUACGCUGACUCAAGUUUAGAACAACAUUUGGUAUCUGGAAACGGCCAAAAGGUCUACAAACACACUGCUUUUCCUGAUGUUAUGGCUAGAAUGGGAGAGACAUUUGUAGUUGAAGAUGAAUUACUGACUACUACCUCACCAAAGACUUCAGAAUAUACAGAAAAUGAAAAAUUGGCUUGCAGAUCUUCCUCAGAAUAUAGUUUUAUACCACCUACUGCUAUUUCAGAUUCCAGAGCACUUCGUCUUGCAAAACAGAGUAAGACUCAGAAAACAGACUUUUCUUGUGUUGAUACGUCAGAGUUGUGUUCGUCUGCUUGCAGUUCCGAUGGCAAUAGUAACAAUUUUACAUCCAUCACAAAYUAUUCUCCUUCAAGAUCAUCAAUUACUGCACUCAUAAGUCCUGGAAAAACAAUUUCUGCAAGACAAACUUUUUUCCAGCCCAAACACUCAUUUUCCUCAUGUUUUAUGAAGCAAAGUCCUUCAAAGAUGCCCCAAAAAAGCAAAGAUGCAUUUGAUCAUCUCUACUACAAAGUCUGUUCCAAAGAAUUCCAAAAGUCUUUGACACCGACAAGACCUCUUUUAAAUUYGUGGAACCAUGAAGAGAAAAGAAGAUUAGUGAGGAGUUAUUCAAGUGACUCUCUGAUGCCCCCUAAACAGUGUGAUACAAAAUUUGACAGGUUGUAUGAGCAACGGUGUGGGGMGCUUGUUCCAAAAUCUCCUGCGUUUCAGAGAACUUCAAAUUUAAGGCGAUAUCAAGGAAUAAAGAUGCCCGACACUGUAAAUGCUCUUGUUAACUCUCCUGUUCAAACUUACUCUGCAAUUUCCAGAGUUAAAAGAGUAGGAAAUUUUGAGAAGUGUCUUCUUUGUUCACCAGUAAAGCGAAUGAAACAUAUACCAGAAGGYUGUUUUCCUUCAAGGAAAUGUCAAGAGAUUUCCCACAUUAAAAAGAUUAAUCUUCAGACAGCUGGUGUGGAUUGUUUGAGCUCAUACAACUGCAGCAACCCSAGCUUCUUUGCACAUCACAACUCUCAUUGUCAGGGCUCUGCAUUUUGGGAUUCUUCAGAUAAAACUUWUUUUGGUAUUCCUGGCACUUCCCUGCAAGAAUCUGGGACUGCAUGUGCACGCUCUGGUUGGCCUGGGGCAAUGGAGAAUAGCAGUUCUCCCAGAAACGUGAGGAAGUGUCACCAAAGGGUAUACAGAAAAUUAAGCUACACUGAUGGAAAGACUAAUUGAAGCAAUCCCUUGGAUGAUUCCCUGGUUAAAGCUCCCCAGGAGGCAUUCAUGGACAGAUAAAAUGUUAUUUUAUAUAUGUUGGGUUUUCUUUAGUGCUGUUUCUUCUUCCAAGAAUCAAGGAUGCAUAAUUAUAUGUAGGUAAUACACAACUACUUCUGAUUCAUACUUCAUUGUAAUACAAAUCUUUGGGAAAGGGUUCAUCCCUUAUGACAGAGCACUUCUUACUCAGUUUGUGGCUAAGUUGGAAUUAUGUAUAUGACAGUGUUCAUAAUAACAAUGUGGUCUGCAUUCUGUUUGUUUGCUAAUAAUUUUAUAUUCUUAAUGUGUUAAUAGUAAGGGACAAGCUCAUUUACCUAAAUUCCUGCUGUUUAUGCUUUCUGGAUGUGUCAGUACAGAUCCUAUUACUGUUAUAUAACUCACUAUUAUAUGCUAUGACUUAUGUCUGCUGUGUUUAAAUGUUAAAGUGUUAAUGUUAAAUGUGUUUCAUGUUAAAGUUUUCUAAGUAGAUCACCAAAGUUGAUUGUUCAAUAAAAUUUUAUUCUUUUUUUGUGGAUUUGAUUGUCAGAACACAGAAUAGAACUAAGUUCUACCUGACAAUAUAUAUGCUCUAAAUAAACUGUU